AUGAAACUCUUAAGUUGGAAUGCACGGGGUUUGGGGAACUCGAGUGCAUUCCGUCGUCUUCGAUUGCUUAUUCAUGAGCAAUCUCCUCAGGUGUUGUUUCUUAUGGAAACUAAAUUGUGUGAUGGUGCUCUUUCUCGUUUUAAGAAUCUUUUAAAUUUUAGUAAUGGCUUAGAAGUUGCUCGGGUAGGUUUGAAGGGGGGUCUUAUGUUAUUAUGGCAAGAUGUUGUUGAUGUAACACUUUUAUCAAUGAAUACAAAUCAUUUCGAUUGUUAUAUCUUGUUUGAUGAUGGUCCUCGUUGGCAUUUUUCUGCUCUUUAUGGUUUUCCUGAAGCUGUUAAUAAGAAGCAUACUUGGAAAUUAAUAAGAAGAUUGGCUGAUGUCUCUCCUCUAGACCCGUGGCUAUUAAUAGGGGAUAUAAAUGAAAUUUUCUCAAAUGAACAUAAAAAUGGUGGUCCUUUAAGAGAUGACAAUCAAAUGCAAGCCUUUCGUACAACUUUGGACCAAUGCUUUUUGACUGAAAUCCCUGCUGUUGGUGAUGAAUUUACAUGGGCUAGGAAUCGAAAAAGUGCAUCUAGCUUAAAGGAGAGAUUAGAUUGGUGCUUCAUUAAUCAUGUAUGGAGAGAUAAUUUUGUUUGGCCAAAAUUGUCACAUUUAGAUUAUUAUGGAUCUGAUCACAGAGUUUUAUUGGCUGAAAUAGACUUCAAUUUGACACCACCUGCUCAAGCUCCAAGGAAAACACGCUUUCGUUUUGAACAGUUUUGGUUGAAGGAUAAAGAGUGUUCUGAAAUUAUCUCUAACUCGUGGCUACAUUCAUCAGAAACAGACCCAGCUACUCGUUUAGUGUCCUCUUUACGUGUUUGUGCUAAUAACCUUCAUGAUUGGCAUUAUAGGAAGUUUGGAAAGAUGAAACAAGACAUCAAACUUGCUCAAAAAACUGUCCACGGGUUGAAUACAUCUGCAAGUUCAGACCCAGAUUUCUCUGCAAAAGUGCAUUCGGCUGAAUCUAUAUUGGAUGAAUUGUUGGCUAACGAAGAGCAAUAUUGGCAACAACGUUCACGGGUUGAUUGGCUUCAAUCGGGAGAUCGUAAUACCAAGUUUUUUCAUUCCAAAGCCACAGCUAGACAUUCAAACAAUAGAAUUAAAGCACUUACGGAUGAUAAUGGAAACACAGUUACAACAAAAGAAGGCAUUUCAAGAGUGGUGGCUGAUUAUUUUCAAGAACUUUUUACUGCUUCCAAUGAAGAUCACUGGGCUUUAACUCAUGUUCUAUCAACCAUACCAACAACCAUUUCGGAUGAACAGAAUGAUUUCUUGUCUCAAGAUUUUACAGCCUCGGAAGUUCUUACAGCAUUGAAGACUAUCGGUUCAGAUAAAAGUCCAGGCCUAGAUGGGAUGUCAGCUAUGUUUUAUCAUCACAAUUGGAAUAUUGUUGGGGAAUUAGUGACUCAGGUGGCUCUUGAUGUCUUGAAUAAUGGAACCAAUCCUGAAUCUUUCAACAAGACUCUUAUCACUUUGAUUCCUAAGAUUAAAAAGCCUAAGACCAUGAAGGAUUUCCGUCCAAUUAGUCUCUGCAAUGUUACAUACAAAAUAAUCUCUAAGAUGCUGGCCUUGCGAUUUAAAGAAGUAUUACAUUCUGUUAUUUCUGAAACACAGAGUGCAUUCCUUUCAAAUCGCUUGAUUACGGAUAAUAUUCUUGUGGCUUUUGAGAUGGUACAUAGCUUGAAGCACAGAACUCGUGGCUCUAAGGGGUUUGCUGCUCUCAAACUUGACAUGAGUAAGGCGUUCGAUAGGGUGGAAUGGUCUUUUCUUGCUGCAGUUAUGGGGAAGAUGGGUUUUGGUAUUAGAUGGAUUUCUCUCAUCAUGACAUGCUUACAUACAAACUCUUUUUCUUUCCUAAUCAAUGGAGAAGUCUCGGGUUCAGUAAUACCUCAGCGUGGGUUGCGUCAGGGUGAUCCACUCUCCCCAUAUCUAUUUCUCAUUUGUUCUGAAGGGCUUUCGCGAUUGUUGCAACAUGAGGAACAGAUUGGUAGACUUCAAGGCCUGGCUGUUUCUCGACAUUCACCAUCCAUUACACAUCUUUUGUUCGCUGAUGAUAGCCUCUUAUUCUGUCAAGCCAAUGAUAGAUCUUGUGGUUCCAUUAAGCGUGCUUUGGAUGUAUAUCACCGUGCAUCUGGACAACUUUUAAACACGGACAAGUCAGUUAUGUCCUUCUCGCCUAACACUCCUGAAGCUGUUAAGCUUUCCUUUCAACAAAUUUUAGGAAUGCCGAUCUGUGCUUGUCAUGAAUCUUACUUGGGACUCCCAGCUUACAGUGAAAGAGAUAAAUCCCAACUCUUCAAUAACAUAAAGGAAAGAAUUUGGAAAUUAAUGCAUGCUUGGAGUGAUAAAAUUUUCUCCAUUGGUGGAAAAGAAGUGCUUUUAAAAGCUGUGGUACAAGCGAUUCCAACAUAUGCUAUGAGUUGUUUUCGUUUGUCCGCUAAGUUUUGUAAGCAAAUCGAAACUAUGAUGGCAAGAUUUUGGUGGGGAUCUUCAACGGAUAAUAAAAAGAUACAUUGGAAGAAUUGGAAGUCUCUUUGUACUUCUAAACGAGAUGGUGGCUUAGGAUUUCGAUCAUUUGUACAUUUUAACCAAGCUUUUCUAGCUAAACAAGCUUGGCGGAUUUUUCAAACUCCAAAUUCUUUGCUAAGUCGUGUCCUAAAGGGUCGAUAUUAUCAUCAAAAUGAUUUUAUGACAGCAAAGGUUUCUGGUUUAUCAUCCUUGACAUGGCAGGGCAUCGUUUGGGGCAGGGAGCUGUUAAGCAAAGGUUUAAUAAUUAAAAUUGGAGAUGGUAUUGGUGUGAAUUGUGCUCAAGAUUCAUGGAUUCCAGGCAAUGAAUAUUUUAAGCCUCUGCGUUUCACAGGCAGCUGUAGCAACUUGGUAGCAGACUACAUUACUGAUACUAGGGAAUGGGAUUUGGAGUUGCUUCACAAUGAUUUCUCACCAGCGGAUAUUGAUAGAAUUUUAACCAUUCCUUUGUCUUAUAAUUCCACAUGUGAUCGAUGGAGAUGGCACUAUGAUUCCUCUGGGGACUACACAGUCAAAUCCGGGUAUAAUCUAGCCUGCUCACUGGAAAACAAAGACCACUCUUCCAGUUCUACAUCGCAGGAGGCAUGGUGGCAGCUGUUUUGGGGAUUAAAUCUCCCAUCUAAGGUGAGAAUUUUUGGCUGGAGAGUGAUCAACUCUGCCUUACCAGUGGCACAAAAUCUUUUUCAUAGGAAAGUGAUUACCUCAGCCACCUGCUCACUUUGUUCAAGAGCAUGGGAAUCUAUUGGACAUGCAUUAUUUUCUUGCUGUCAUGCCAAAUCAGUUUGGCAGCAUACCAGUUUUCAACUUGAUUUUACGAAGGCUGGUUUCAUGAAAGAUGGUGACUACCUACUGUUUCUAUCCACAAUUCUAACCAAAUCUGAACUGGAAAAACUAUUUUGCACUAUGUGGUUUAUUUGGUCGGAUAGAAAUAAUUAUAUUCAUGGCAAACAACUCAAGCAUCCAAUGGCUAUUUCAUCACAAGCUGAAGCUUAUUUGGUUAAUUUUCACUCUGUGAAAUCUGCUACUGCACCAGCAGUUUCGUGUGUGGCAGCCGAUGCAGGACCUGUGAAAUGGGUUCCUCCUACUGAAUCAAAUUUAAAAAUGAAUGUUGAUGCAGCACUUGAUUCUUCGAGGAAUAAAAUAGGUAUUGGUGUGAUUAUUCGGGAUUCCACUGGUCGGGUUAUAGCAGCUAUGUCCAAGCCUGUUGUUGGCAAUUUUAAAUCGCAAGAAAUGGAAGCCAAAGCUAUGUUUUGGGGUCUCCAAUGGGCUAAACAAUUGCAGCUGCAGCCUCACAGUGUGGAAACUGAUUGUUUGAUGUUAGUUCAUGCUCUUCAAGGCAAAAAGUCACAACUCUCUAGCUUUCAUGAUUUAGUUGAAGAUAUUUCUUAUCAUUUAUCCUCUUUCUCUAAUGCUUGUAUAUCUCAUGUUAGACGGGAUGCUAACCAAGCCGCCCACGGCCUGGCAAAACAAGCUUUACAGUUGGAUAAUGAUUGUAUAUGGAUAGAAGAAAUUCCUUCUUCCAUUUUCUCUGUUGUUGUAAAUGACACUCUUUGA